AUGAAGAUCAGCAACAACCUCGUCGGGCUUCUCAACUUCAUCACCUUCCUCCUCUCAAUCCCGAUCGUCGUAGCCGGAGUGUGGCUGAGCAAGCAAGGCAGCACCGAGUGCGAGAAGUUUCUGGACAAGCCCGUCAUCAUUCUCGGCGUUUUCCUCAUGCUGGUCUCGCUCGCCGGCCUCAUCGGCGCCUGCUGCAGAGUCUCGUGGCUCCUCUGGGUCUACCUCCUCGUCAUGUUCCUCCUCAUCGUCGUCCUCUUCGCUUUCACCAUCUUCGCCUUCGUCGUCACCAACAAAGGCGCCGGCAAAGUGCUUUCCGAUAAAGGGUACAAGGAGUACAGGCUUGGGGACUAUUCUAACUGGCUGCAGAAGAGGGUCAACAGCACCAAGAACUGGAAUAAGAUCAAGAGUUGCCUUAUUGAUAGCAAGGUCUGCUCCACGUUUCAUGACAAGUAUGCCAACGAUACCAUCACGGAGUUGUAUAAGGAGAACUUGUCUGCGCUUCAGGCCGGUUGCUGUAAGCCAUCAGAUGAUUGUGGAUUUACCUAUAUGAGCCCGAUUAAUUGGAACAACAACGGUACCACCAGCUCUUCCAACCCCGACUGCAGCGAAUGGGCGAAUGAUGCAAAGGUUCUGUGCUUCAACUGCCAGUCAUGCAAGGCUGGACUGCUGGACAACAUAAAAAGUAACUGGAAGAAGACGGCCGUCGUCAACAUUGUAUUCUUGAUCUUCCUCAUUAUUGUGUACUCAGUUGGAUGCUGCGCAUUCAGGAACACCCGGAGGGACCAUGAAUAUUGGAAGCAUUAA